ACUAUCGUGAAAUUGUAUUAAAUACAAUUCAAUGCAAUGGUUCGACGAAAGAUAAUUAUAAAUGUAUUAAAAUAUGUUCAAAUAGUUACAAAGUCUAAUUAUGUUUUUGCUAAUGUGUAUUUAUUACAUCAAAGAAAAAAUAUGUUUAUGACAUAUUUGCAACAAGUUAAUAGAAUAAAAAGAAAUUAUAAUACUUAUCAGUGGAAAAAUACAUCACAAACUAAAUUUUUUAUUGUAUCAGGUAGUUUUUUAUUUAAUUUAUUUAAAUCUAAAGAAGAAAAAGAUGAUAUUGAAGAAUUAAAAAUGACAAUUAAACGAUCAAUUUUAUUAAUUCAGAAACAAGAAUUUCUAAAAGCAGAACAAAUGCUACAUGUUGCUUUAAAUCAAGCACAAAUUUUACAGCAUUAUGAUGGUAUAACUUAUGUGUAUGAUGUAAUGGCAAAUUUAGCAUAUGAAAUAAAUGAUUUUAAAAAAGCAGAAAAUCUAUUUAUAUCAGUUUUAAAAAGAUUAAUAGCUAAAGGAAUUCCACAAGAUGAUUUAGCAGUCAUUCAUAUUAGUCUUAAAAUUGCUGAUAUUUAUGAUAAGAUAGGAGAUACACAAAAAGCAGAAAAUGGAUAUAAAUUUUGUUUACAACAUUUGCAAAAUCAUUUGAUUAAAGAUAAUCAAAAUCAAGAUAUAUUACAAUUGUUAGGUUUGACAUUGGAAAAAUAUGCAUCUAUGCUUUUUUCACAAUCACAGUAUACUAAUGCCUUUGAAUACUUUACUCAAGCUUAUGAUAUAUCUAUAAAAAUAAAUGGUGAAAAAAAUGAACAAACUGUUAUUUUAUUGAAUAAUUUAGGAAGUGUUUGUUAUAUGUUAAAAAAAUAUGACCAAACUAUUCAAUAUUUAUCUAAAGCUGCAGAAUUAGGAAAAAAAUUACCAGAUAUGAUUGAAUUAGGUUCUGUUUAUGUCAAUUUGGGAAAUACAUUUAUUGCAAAAGGACUUUAUGAAGAAGCAAAAAAAAAUUGUAGUGAAGGAGAAUAUUUAGCAAAAACUAGAAAUGAUAAUGAUACUAUAAUAGAAGCUAAAAAAUGUUUUGAACAAUUAAAAAGUUUAAUAUCUUAAUAUAAAAUAUCAAAUAAGAUUAUUUCAAAUUUGUUUUAAAUUAUAAAUAUAUUAAUAU